GGCAAAUGUCACAAGUUCCAUAACAAAACACUUUCAAAACUCAAAAGUUUCCAAACUAACAAGAAAACAAACCUCCACCUCUUCCUUUUCCAUUGCCUUUCCCAAUCCCUUUUUAGGGUUGUCUUAACAAAAUCCUCACAAAUGUCUUAAUCUAUAAUUCCAUUUAUUCCAAAGUGUAAAACACAGACUCACAGAGAGAGAGAGAUUAAGAAAAACAUGAUGAGUAGGCCAGCGGUGCACCCAGUGCCUAUAGCACCAAUGAUCAUAGGUGCACCGAGAGUGAGGAUGAAGGAUAUACAAGGCAUGCCUGGUACACUUGGCAGCCUUAUUUUACGACUCUGUCAGUUGGUUUUUGCUGUUAUCUCUAUUUGUGUUAUGGUUACCACCUCUGAUUUCCCCACUGUUACUGCUUUCAGCUACCUUGUAGCAGCUGUUGGAUUACAGAUCAUAUGGAGCCUUGUACUUGCUAUAGCUGAUGUAUAUGCAAUAUUGGUGAAAAGAAGUUAUAGAAAUGCAGCAGUUGUCAGUCUAUUUGCCGUUGGUGAUGGGAUCACUUCUACUCUUACAUUUGCUGCCGCCUGUGCAUCAGCUGGAAUUACAGUUCUUAUUAGCAAUGAUCUUGACAAAUGUAAAGUGAACCACUGCACGAGAUUUAUGUCAGCUACAGCAAUGGCAUUUUUAAGCUGGUUUGCAGCAUCACCAUCCUUUUUCGUGAAUUUUUGGUUUCUGGCUUCCCCAUAGAUGCAGUUCCGUUCGCCUGCAAAAGGGACUAGGGGAAGGCUCUUACUCUGCCUGUGCAGUGUUUCUAUUUGCAGUAAGGCCACCUUAACUGCUCUUAUUUGUAUAUCACUGUAUUACUGCUUGACAUAUUUAAUGAGGAAGAAUCCUCUUUGUUUACAAAGUUGAUGUAGAACUAUUUCAAAUAUUUGGCUCGAUAUCGCUUUCAACAUUAUAAUAGAUCUGCAAGUUUGGGUGACUA